CCACGACAAAACAACUUUUCUCCCUUUUUCUUGUUUAUUUGUAACAGAGGAUUAAGGUCUUUAAAAUGGGUGGACAUCAUCAUCAUGAAAUCAAAAUCCCUGAUUGGAGAAUGUACAAAGUGGAAAAUGCAAAGGAACUUGUGGAAGUUGAAAAGGCAUUGAAUAGGAUCGGUUUGAAAGAUCCAUGGCUUAGAAAUGAAGUUUGGAGAUACGAUCCAGCAAUCCAGAAGUACACAAAAAACCAAAAGUUAAUGAAAAGUUUAUUUCGCGGAUUUGGUGUUGGUCUUGUCUUGACAGUAGCUACAAUUGCUUUAGAAAAGGCUUUUAAAGUUGAUUAUCAUGAUCCAAGAGGUGUUCAUGGACAUGGACAUGGACAUGGCGAGGAACACCAUUAAAUAGAUUCAUUUAUGUAGCUGUAAAAAUCAGGAGAAAUAAAAUUGAGGAAAACAAAUCU